AUGUCGACGCGGCGUCACCCCGACUCGAAGGCCGCCAACCCAACCAUCGUGCCCCGCUUCCCGAGGCCCUUCGACGGCAACAAGACCGUCCCUCCCCCGGUCCUCACCGUCAACCCCGCCGACACUAUCGGCAAAGUCGACGACAUGAUCGUCAUCGAUGACAUCCCUCGCGCCCGGGACAGGGUCGUGUGCGAGUGUGGGGUCGAACUGACCCGCUCAUACCUCGAGAAACACCGGCUCACGGCCAAGCACGCAGCUGCGUUGGCCAAAGCGACCGCAAAGGCCAGUGGUGCGAAGCAGAAGAAAGGGGGCGCGGUGCGAAAUGGCCACGCUCAUGCUGCGGCACCCGGCGCACCUAGCGAGCAUGGGCUGAAUGAUGCGGACGCCAACGCUGACGCUGAUGCGCAUGAGUACACGGCGUUCGAUCGCACGUACUUCGAGGCUGACAGCAGCUCGCUCAUGACCAACCCCUACUACUCCCAAGAUGCGUACAUCCACGGCUGA